GUCUGCGGGGAACUACUCCUUUUGGUGCCUCUGGGCCAAGUACUGGAGCGGAUAUCUACAUUGCAGCCCAUGCGGCGAAUAGGAUGCGACGCGACGCGAGAUCGCUGCCACUCGAGCAUGUGUUUGCAGCGAGGGGGUAGGUACGCUAUCAAUUGUCCAUUGGCUAAGGAGACAUAACAGACAUGCGGCAGCACCGGGUCCCGAGCAGGUCCACAUGCUCUGCAGCCAUCACCGAGUCCCCACGGGGACUUUCGGCUUGACUCAUCGCGGGGAACUUUUCCUUCAUUUUUCCGCGCACAGAAGAUACGCGAGUCGCCAGUAGUAAGCAUCUUCAUUUUCGAGGACGGGAAGUAGGCAACGCAGUCAGAUUGAAGCCCCGGACACAGCCACCAAGAUCCGCUCGUGGCAGCGAUGACAUAGCCACCGUGUGUCUUGCCUUGUACGUCCAUCUCGGCCCUCGCACCACGUCCCUUCCUCGGUUUUAACCUCGGACUUGCUGUCUAGUCUCAUCUACUUCGCCCUUAAACUUUUAACGCUCGAGGACCCAAGUCAGUAUGGCCACCGUCUGCGUGUACACCGCCCCACCUACCCCCACCACUCAAAGAAAGCGCACGACGAGCUUCUCCAGUCCCCCACGGAAGCGAUUGCACCGUACCGAGUCGUCACUGGAUCUGUCUCUCUACGCGGCGGGGUCCUCGAGUAGCGCAUCGCCGAGCACCACCACCACCAUGCUCACUGCGGUCCCCCAUCGGUCGCUUCGGUAUCACAAAGAGCAAAAGGACGGCAGAAGGAGGCCGGCUCAUCCAUCGUGUGCCACGUCGUCUUCUGCCCCUUCCUUUCCUUCUCUGUCAUUUCAAACGACAGCUGCCGUUGUUCCCCCCUCUCCUUUGUCCCUGUCCACCCCCUCACCAAGCAAACUGAAGGCCACGGUGUCGUUCUACGUUCAGCCCCCUGCUCCCACCAGGAGCCAGCCGCCUGCAGAUCCUCCCGGUCUCGCAAGCCAUCCCUGUUCGUCCCCUCUAUCUACGUCGGCGAGCAAGCGCGCGUACACGCCGCCCUCGCCACCCCGUGCCCCCUUUCCGCCAUCCAAGUCUAAAUCCAAAUCCAAGUCCCUGUCCCAGGCUAAGUCCCGCACCCUCGUCCUCCCACCGACAAGCAUCGCGCCAGCCCUCAGCAAGGUGCCAAAGCCGAGCCACUCCGCUUGUUCGGAUCUUCACCGGCGUGCGCUGACGGCGUGCAUGCGCACGACGCCGUCCGGGUCCAAGAUCCUGCACAUGGGUGCGCGACUCGCGGUAGGGAUCAUGUCCGCGACGGAGGAGCUGGAGCGGAUCUGCACCAUGGAUGUCGAGGACGCGGGUCUCGCUGGUGACGACCUGGAUCUUGAUCUUGAUCUUGAUCUGGAUGCUGAGAUUGGCGACAUCCCGGACGAGGACGUGGAUGAGCUGCUGAAUGCCGCUAGCGAACUGCUUGGUGAUUCGGACCCGGAUGUCGCUAUGGCGGAUGUCGAGUGCGCACCGAUGAGCACGUCGUGGAUUGUCGUUGCCGAGACACCGUGUGCUGCCGCUGCCGUUGCCAAAGCUGAGGACUGGGAGAUGAUUGUCGCGUGACGGGCAUCUGGCAGGAGCAUGCUUGGACGCUUGGACCCGGCCAACUGUCAGGGUGUUAACCCCGCAGUUGAGGCCUCGUCUCGUCUCGACAUCUUCGGUUUCAAGGGGUGUCAGAGUCGUGGUCGAACUGAACCGGCGGCAGUAGGGAGGACUGACUGUUCGACUGUUGGACUGGAGUUGGACGGACGGUGAUCAUCAGGAUCACACGUCCGCGUCGUAAUCUAUCUGAUAGCUAUGACCCUCACUUUUUUCUUCCUCUCUUUGCGACUUGUGGAUUUCCUACUAUGGCCAACCUUACUUACGCCUCUGCAACCAUUACUGGUAUAUACAUACAUACGCAUACGCCCAAGGCUAGUUGUACCCUACGACAUGUAUCCUGAUAAACAACCAUCAACAUCAUCUGUAUUCCUGGCGUGACAUAGAUAAAGAUACUGGAGGAGGAAUUACUGCGGACUGAAGAACGACUGCG